UAUUUUUAGACAGAGUUAAUUUUAUCGUUUGCAAAAUUUUCAUUCUUUAAGAAAAUCAAAUCAUUCUAUAGCUACCAAAGAGCUAUUUAAUUGUUUCUGUCAGAAAAAAAUUUAAGAGAAUUAUUCUUUACUUAUUAAACAAACUUUCAACAAAAAAGAUAUAGAAUCAAAUUUAUCAGUUCUGAUUAUGAUUUUAACAGAAUAGAAAUUGAUAAAAAAGAAGAAUGACUAAAGAUAAUUUACCCUAGAAACAGAAAGGCAUCCAUUUAUGAUUGGAAAACUGAAAAUAUUUUCCAUAAGAACUACUAUGACUCGUUUAGCGUCAUAAAGGUUUUCAUGAACAGCAUCCAUGACAGGCAGGGAACCAGAGUUGCUAAUUAUCGAUACUGAUGGUGGAGGGGACGAUGCAGUUGCAAUUUUGCUCGCUCUUUCAGACAAAAGUGUGGCGAAAACACUUGCCAUAACGUGCUGCUUUGGAAACACAAGUUUAGAUAAUGUCUGCUCAAAUAUCUUGAAAUUGCUGCACCUUUGCAACGAGAAGCAGAUUCCAGUGCACAGAGGCAGCAAAGGACCACUUUUAAAAUCUCAAGUCGAAUUGAAUGUGUUCGGAACAGAUGGUUUCGGGAAUGUAGCACAUGAAUUCUCGACUGGGAGUCUGGAAGAAUCUGACCUACCCGCAUCUUCUGCUCUGAUUACCCUAGCAAGGAAAUAUCCAGGAAGGAUACAUUUGAUAGCUAUAGGCCCUCUUACUAACAUAUCUAUAGCCCACAGGAUAGAUCCAGAUUUCACGAAGAAUCUGAAAUCCAUAUUUUGCAUGGGUGGAAACUAUAAAUGUGUUGGAAAUAUAAGUGAAGUAGCAGAAUUUAACUUCUACUGUGACCCUGAAUCAGCGCACAUCGUUUUAACUGAAGCACAGUGUCCAGUUACACUUAUACCUUGGGAGACAGUUCCGGAAUUCGGAAUCACUUGGGAUAUCUAUGAAGAACUAAUGGCAAUACAAACAACAAAAGCCCAGUUUGUGAAACGCAUCAACGAGUUCUAUGUGGUGCGUUCCAAGAAGAAAGGCAACAAACGAUACUGUGAUUGUGAUUUCCUGGCAGUAGCGUCCUUACUGUAUCCCGAAUGUAUAUCAAACAGCCUCGAUAGUGCAGUUGCGGUAGAAUGUAAUGGUUUUUACACUAGAGGGAUGACGAUUCUUAUAAGAGAAAACCAUCAUUCAGAUAAGUGUGGAGUUUCACUCAGACAGCGGAAAAUCAGAAUUAUUACAGGUUUUAAUGAAGAGGUCCUUAAUAAAUUGAGAUUUCAAUUGUUACGGUAAAUAAUUGUUUGUUCUGCAUAUUUUAACAAUAAAUUUUUAUUUAUACCGAU